GCUGCAAGAGUGUAGCACAACAGUACUACAUUUCUUCAGUUUGAGUUUACAAACCAGUGUGCUUGGAUGCUUUUGCUGCAGAGACAUAAAGGACAUGUCAAAAAGCAACAUAAACUGGAAGGGGGUGGCCAUUGUGUCCAUAGUCCUCUGUGUCAUCUUACUGGGCAUCACCCUAUCCAAUGGAGGUGAGGCCAAGAUGAAAGAGCGGGAGAAAGAGAUUCGUGCGGACGAGCUCAAGAAAAGAGAAGCACGAGAGAAAGUGAUUCGGGCUGAAGAGCUGCAGAAAAGACAAGAGCAAGAGAAGGCGAUACGCAUAGAGGAGCAAAAGAUAAGAGAUGAGCGAGUGAAAGAGAUACUUACAGCAGAGGAGAAGAAAAGAGAACAACUGAUGGAAGCGAUACAUGCAGAGGAGCUAAAGGACAGAGAGCAGCAAGAGGCGGAGAUCCACGAGGAGGAGAGACGGAAAAGAGAACAGCGGGAGGAGGAGAUACGCGGCGAGGAGGAGAAGAAAAGACAACAGCUAGAGACAGAGGUUCGGCAGGAGGAGCGAGAGAAAAGAGAGACCCUAGAAAAACAGAUACGUGAAGAGGAAGCGGUGAAAAGACAACGGCUUGAGAUAGUGAUUCGGGCGGAGGAGCAAGAGAAAAGACUACAGCCUCUUGGUGUGCAUAAACGUGCAGAAGAGGAGAAGAGGAGAGAGGAGGUAGAGGAAAAGGUACACGCAGGAGGGGAGGAGAAGAAAGGACAACAGCUACCUGUACAGGCAGACAUUCAUGAGGAAGAGAAAAAGGAACAAGAACAGCAAAAGGAAGAGAUUCGUGCUGAAAAUCAGGCAGGAGGGGAGGAGAAGAAAGGACAACAGCAACCUGUACAGGCAGACAUUCACGAGGAAGAGAAAAAGGAACAAUGAGAGAAAUAGAUACUUUCAGAAGAGGAAAGAGAAGACAAUAGAAACACGGAAAGAAAAAAAAAACAGAAAAGGAAAGAACCUGACCGUUUUGUAUUGGGCAUUGGAGUGCAUUGUAUUGCAAUGUAAAAUUGCAUUUUAUAUGGGUUUUAAAAAGUUCUCAAAAUAUUUAAGAAUUCACACAUAGAUUAGGUUGUCUCAACAGUCAUUUCCAAUAAUAAAGAGCAAAAGUCAAAAAUGGCAUUUUGCAACAAUACUCUUCAUGCCUGGUACAGUAGAAGAACAGCAGGGCUGGACUGACAGUAUGGCAUACCGGGCAUUUUCCCGGUGGGCCGA